CAUGCAGGAGAACGAUGAGAAUGUGACCUCGCUGGGUGAUGAGCGUGGGAGUGAGAACAAGGAGGAGAAUCAACAGCAGGAAGCUCCUGGGAAAGUGGAACCACUGGGGACGUUUCUGAGAAGAGCUGAAGGGAGUUUUUCCCAGUGCUUGAAACAGGGAAAAGCCUGGGGAAAUCAGGGCAAGGCAGGGAGGCAGCUGGAACACCAUCCGAGGAAGAAACCGGAUGAAUCCAUUCUAUGCAUGGAUCCCAAGGAAACCACAGCUCCGCAGAUAAAUCACAAGGAAGAAAAACCCUACAAAUGUCUUGACUGUGGGAAAAGAUUCAGUGUGAGAACAAGCCUGACUAUGCAUUGGAAAAUCCAUACAGGAGAUAAACCCUAUAAAUGUUUGGACUGCGGGAAAAGUUUCUAUCAGAGUUCACACCUUAUUACACAUCAAAGACUGCACCUGGGAGAAAGACCCUAUAGAUGCCUUGAGUGUGGGAAAAGUUUUAAUGAAAGUUCAUCUCUUAGUAAACAUGGGAGAAUCCACACAGGAGAAAGACCCUAUAAAUGCCUUGAGUGUGGGAAAAGAUUCAAUUUCAAAUCAGCCCUUAAUGUGCACCAAAGAACCCACACGGGAGAGAAACCCUAUACAUGCUUGGAAUGUGGGAAAAGCUUUCGUAAGAGGUCGUCCCUUAUGACACACCAGAGACUGCACACAGGAGAGAGACCCUAUAAAUGCCUGGAGUGUGGGAAAGAUUUUAGUGAGCGAUCAGCCCUUAUUACACACAAGAGAACCCACACAGGAGAGAAACCCUAUAAAUGCUUGGACUGUGGGAAAAGCUUCAGUCAGAGGUCACAUCUUAUUAACCAUGGGAGAAUCCACACGGGAGAGAAACCUUAUACAUGCUUGGAAUGCGAGAAAAGCUUUCGUCAGAAAUCAUCCCUUAUUACACACCAGAGACUGCACACAGGAGAGAGACCCUAUAAAUGCCUUGAGUGUGGGAAAGGAUUCAAUGAGCGAUCAGCCCUUCUUACACACGAGAGAACCCACAUGGGAGAGAAACCCUGUAAGUGCCUUGACUGUGGGAAAAGCUUCAUUCAGCCAUCCAGCCUUAUGACGCAUCAGAGAAUGCACACAGGUGACAAACCCCAUAAAUGCUUGGAGUGUGGGAAAAGCUUCAGUCACAACUCAUACCUUGCUAGACAUCGGAGAAUCCAUACGGGAGAAAGACCAUAUAAAUGCUUGGAUUGUGGGAAAAACUUCAGCCACAAAUCAAACCUUACUAGACAUCAGACAAUCCACCUGGGAGGAAAGACCAUAUAAAUGCCUAGACGGUGGGAAAAGUUUAAUUUAGACAUCAACAUUUGUUACACACCAGAGAAUACUCACUGGACCGAGACCCCAGAAGUGCUUGGACUGUGGGAAAAGUUUCAUUCAGAUCUCACACCUUACUAGAGAAUUCAGGGCCGUCCUUAGGCAUACACAGCAUACGCGGCUGCGUAGGGCACACGAAAAUUUGAGGCACCCCUGGGUCUUAGUGUCCCCCCUCCCGUCUCUUCCUAUCCCAGUUCUGACCCUUCCGCAGGCUCCUACCAUAGCUGGUGAGUCUUCCUCCGGAGGGGAUCUAGUAACUUAAAAGUGAAAAAGCCUUCAGCCUGCCAGACCAAUUAGCACAACAUUGAAGCUGUUAAAGAGCCAUUCGAGUGGUAACGAAGCCAUUUCACAGGCACUUGCCAACCCCCAGGGAUAUACUGUCAGUUUCUGAAUUUACUGACAAAACCAGCUGUGCAUUACUGUCAUAUUUACUCAGAACAUGUUAG